CAUAAAGUUUCUAUUUUUCAUUAAGUUCCAUCUUCGUUUCGUGAUCAUGGAGGAAGAAGAUAGCACGAUUCCUAGGAAUAUAGAACACGAUGGGCGUGUUGAAACUGAUCUUGAAGAAAUCGGUGGGUCAAAAACGAAGAAGGAGAAGAAGAAGCUGGAGACGAAAAGAAUCGGGAAGAAGAAGAAGAAGUAUUGGAUGGGUUGUCUCAAAGCUGAAUCUGACGAGAGUGGAAACGUCGAUUUGACUGUUGAUUUCCCUGGCGAACGCACUGAGCCAACUCACCUAGUCGUCAUGGUCAACGGUCUCAUCGGCAGUGCUCAGAAUUGGAGAUUCGCCGCUAAGCAGAUGCUAAAGAAGUAUCCUCAGGAUCUCCUCGUGCACUGCAGUAAACGCAACCAUUCGACACAGACAUUUGAUGGUGUUGAUGUUAUGGGAGAAAGAUUAGCUGAAGAGGUUAGGUCGGUGAUCAAACGUCACCCAAGUCUUCAGAAGAUUUCCUUUGUAGGACAUUCUUUAGGUGGCUUGAUUGCUAGGUAUGCUAUUGGGCGUCUUUAUGAGAAGGAAUCCCGAGAAGAGCUUCUACGUAACAGUGACGACAUUGGUGAUACAUGCCCCAUAGAGGAACCGAAAGAGAGAAUCGCCGGAUUGGAGCCCAUGUAUUUUAUAACUUCUGCAACGCCACACCUCGGUUCAAGAGGACAUAAACAGGUCCCAUUGUUUUCUGGAUCUCACACUUUGGAGAGAUUAGCUACGCGUAUGUCGGGGUGUCUUGGUAAAACGGGAAAACAUCUUUUUCUGGCUGAUAGUGAUGGUGGAAAACCUCCAUUACUCCUCCGAAUGGUUAAAGAUUCUAGAGAUCUUAAAUUCAUUUCUGCUUUGCAAUGCUUUAAACGGCGUAUUGCUUACGCGAAUACAAGUUUCGACCACCUUGUCGGGUGGAGUACAUCGUCUAUCCGGCGUCACAAUGAGCUUCCUAAGCUUCAACGUAGUCCAGUCAACGAGAAGUAUCCUCACAUUGUAAACGUUGAAGCACCGGAUACUGCAAGUAACCAUAAGGAAGAUCGUUCAAGGACCAGUUCAGACGGGUUCAAGAAUUUCGAUAUGGAAGAGGAGAUGAUAAGUGAACUAACAAAACUGAGCUGGGAACGAGUUGAUGUUAGUUUCAGAGGAACCCUGCAAAGAUUUCUCGCUCACAAUACCAUUCAGGUGAAAACAAAGAUGAUCAAUUCAGCUGGAGCAGAUGUUAUACAACACAUGAUUGACAAUUUUGAGCCAUAGGUGUGAAUAAUUAUCGGAAGAUGGCAAAUUCCUUUACAAGUCAAAAAUUCACUAGGGGAAAUAUAUCAGUCAUAUUAUC